AGCUGCACCGCUCUCCGCCAUGGCCGCGGCCGUACGCGCGCUCCUUCGACCCGCCGUCGCCGCGCGCCGCCGCGCGUUCCUCCCUCCGCCGCCCCGCCCCUUCCUCGGGGCUCGGGGCUGCAGCGCCGGAGCUGCGUUCCAGUACCUGGCGGUGCAGAAGACGGGGGCACGGCAGAGCGUGGGCCUGAUCCAGCUGAACCGGCCGAAGGCGCUCAAUGCCCUGUGUGAGGGGCUGAUGGAGGAGCUGGGGCGUGCGCUGCAGACCCUGCAGAACGACCCGCAAGUGGGGGCCAUCGUCAUCACUGGCAGCGAAAAAGCCUUCGCAGCUGGUGCAGACAUCAAGGAGAUGCAGAAUAAAACCUUCCAGGAGUGCUACAGCAGCAGCUUUCUCAUGAGCUGGGGCAAAGUCUCUACCAUCCGCAAGCCCAUCAUCGCUGCUGUCAAUGGCUACGCCCUGGGUGGUGGGUGCGAGCUGGCCAUGAUGUGCGACAUCAUCUAUGCUGGGGAGAAAGCACAGUUUGGACAACCUGAAAUCCUGCUGGGAACCAUCCCAGGUGCUGGAGGGACACAGAGGUUGACCAGAGCAGUGGGGAAGUCACUGGCUAUGGAGAUGGUGCUCACUGGGGACCGGAUUUCUGCACAAGAGGCAAAGGAAGCAGGUCUGGUCAGCAAAAUCUUCCCCGUGGAGAAGCUCGUGGAUGCGGCUGUUGCCUGUGCUGAGAAGAUCGCCAGCAACUCCAAGCUGGUGACUGCCAUGGCAAAGGAGUCGGUCAACAGUGCCUUUGAGACAACGCUGGCAGAGGGGCUGAGGACGGAGAAGCGGCUUUUUUACGCCACCUUUGCCACUGCUGACCGCAAGGAGGGGAUGUCAGCCUUUGUGGAGAAGCGCAAAGCAAACUUCACCGACAGCUGAGCCCAGGGGGUGCCAGUCACCUGCAGCACAUCAGCCCCACGCAUCGGCCCACGGAGGGGUCUGAGACCCGGUGGCAAGGGACAAGUGCCUCAAGUGAGACAACCAGCAGCGGGAAGCAAUUUGCCAUCACUAUUAAAGGAUUUUCCCGGCUCUGCAGGAAGAUGG